UCUAAGUAUGUUAUAGAUAUAGUCCUAUUUUAUAAAUAUAUAAUGUAUUCUAGACUCUAUAAUAUAGAAUAUAGACUGAGUCUAUAUAGGCUAGAUCUAGAGCAGAAUAGAUCUAGCUAGAUUUGAAUUGAUUUGAUCUGAAGAAAAGUGAAAACUUGAAGACAUGUCUGAAUUGAUAACUAGUAGAAAUAGUCUUCUUACAAGCACUACUUUCAGAAAGCCACACCAGAGACUUGACAGCUUGUCAUCUUUGAAAGCCCAUCCUUUAUUUUCACACACACUCAUUGCAACUGCAGGAUUUUAUAAUAAAGGAGGAGAAUUAUUUUGUUACCGAUGUGGCCUUCAUGUGCCUUACAGGGAACUAAAUGCAUCGACAUUCAGGGAACAUAGAAAAUACAGUCAUAUCUGUGCCCCAUUUCAACCAGCUGAUGAUAUUGUCAGUGAAGUAGAGGCAGUUGUUGAAAAACUUCAUCUGAAAAAUGAAAUAACCUUGUCUCCAGUAGAGGCAGACCAUCUCUCCAAGAAUAAAGAGCAAAAUGCAGGAAAGGAUGAAUUGGAUAAAACUGUGGUAUACAGCUUAUUGAAGAGAGAGAAUGCAUAUUUGAAAGAAAAGACAAUUUGUUGUUCAUGUUACUCUGUAGAGGCCAGCUACAUCAUUCUACCCUGCGGUCACUUGGGUGCCUGCAGAGACUGCAUUAAAACAUUAGAGCGUUGCCCCAUUUGUCAGGUUACGGUGUUGGAUGCUACAAAGUUAAAACUUGAAGUAGAAAGUGAGGAUGGAGAAACUGUUGUGCUGACAUUUGGAGACGCAGACGACAAAGAUGUUAAAGGAAUACAAUUUAAUUUGGCUUAAAAAGAUCUAAUGAGCCUUAACUUUUUCUGUUUUAUUGUGCAACAUGUCUUUAUGCUAUUUAAUUUGGCUUAAAAUGGAUUCUAUCAAAUGAGUCUAACUUUGUUUUAUUGUGCUACAUUUGUUUUACUCAAACUUAUCUUUUUUAGAUGUCCAUUUUGUACAUACAAGUACUUCAUUUAUCAAGGUAGUUAUGUGCAAUCUUCUUUUUUCAAGUAUAUAUAGCUCCUCCUUCGUAGUCGAACAUGAGCGCAUUUGUCAUUUCCUAUGGACUCGAAGAUGACUGUUAAGUCCAGUCCUCACUUUAAAAAGCCGGCCGCAUACGUGGCAUGGGUAGGUUUGGUCAGUUGCAGAUAGGCCUGCUUCUUCUCUCAGCUUUUGUUGGUUCGCGCUCUUUCACCCUGGCCACUCUUCUUCCUUCAUAUCUUGAGACUCACAGCUUCACGCCAUGAGGAGCGAUUGAGAGCUAGUGCUUCCCAGCUGUGAAUGUGGAUAUCGCAUUCCUUGAAGGAGCUCUUAAGAGUGUCUUGGUAGCGCUUGCAUAAAGAAGAAAAGGAGGCGUGGUGGCUGAGUGGUAAAGUGUUUGACAUUCUGAACCGGGGUUCAAAUCCUGGUGAAGACUGGGAUUUUUAAUUUCAGGAUCUUCAGGUGCAUGUGAGUCCACCUAGAUUUCAUGCUUACAUAACAUUAGUUGGGGAAAAGUAAAGGCGGUUGGUCCUUGUGCUGGCCACAUGACACCCUCAUUAUCCGUAGGCCUCAGACACAGAUGACCUUUACAUCAUCUGCCCUAUAGACCACAAGGUCUGAAAGGGAAACUUUAUAAAGAAGAAGAAACUAUCCUGAUUAGUUAGUACACUAUACUUCAGAUUGUGUAUACAUAUUGGCAAAUCUAUAAAAAUCAAUCUUUUUGAGAAAUAUCUAAUACAAACAAAAUUGAUAUGCAUAAGAUACUUUUCUUUUUUAUUUAAAAAAAGUGUGAAAUUGUUAUUUUCAUUUUCCUUUGGAGUAUAUUUGGUAACUUGGUGAAUUUUGUGUUCCUGGUGUAAACAUUGAAACAGAUUGUUACUAUCCUUUUAAGUUUUAUUGCUUUUAAUUUUUACUAAUUCACAAUUGCAACAAUAAAGAUAUAGACAUUAAUGAUUACUCUACUGUCAAACCAAAUUUUUUUUAAUGGUGUUUGUAUUUGAUGAUAAACUUUGGUAACAAAAGUUUAGUCAAUUGACUACCAGUGCUGAUUUGGUUUAUAUUUAUAUAUAUAUAAAUAAUUAUGUAUUAAAAAAUACAAUGAUUAUAAUAAUCAUACUUAGAUACAUAUAUUUAAACUUGUUUUAUAUUUUCUUUUUAGUAAAUCAGAUUAAAUUAGGUUUUAUGAAUUUUUUGUUUAUGCUGAAAUUGCCCAACCUCAAAUACAGAUUAAAAUAUGGCAGAAAAAAAAAUUAAAAUAAGAAUAAAUUAGUGUUCUAUUUUGAACAAUUACUUUUUUAAAAGCAAAAUUAAAGAUUUUUUUUGCACAAUUGCUGCACAAAACUAUAAGAUAUGAGCUUAAAACAUGCUUUAAAUUGCUAAAUAAAAAAACAGUCACUUCUGGUACCAUAAGCAUAAUGAAUGUUUAUUUUUUUGCAAAAGCUCAUCAUAAAUUUGUUUGUUGUUGUUUUUUUUUUCCUUAGAGAUAAAAAAGGGCGAUUUCCGCAUUGCGCGUCAAUAUUUACAAACUGCAACUGCUGCCAGAUUGGCUUGGUUGGUUACCGAUAAAUUAGAUAUACCACUCAAACCAAAAAAAAAAUAAAAUGAAAAUGAGUUUUCUUUUGUUGCCAACUAUAAAAUAUAGUUCUGAAAAAGUUCGAUUGCGUUUGAAAAUGUAGAUCUAUUUUAUUUCAACAAUCCAUACAUUUACUAGCUCUAGUGCUAAUUAUAGAGCAAAUGUAGAUUAUUUUAAUUCUAUAUCUAACAUUUUUUGUAAUGAUUUUUUUUGUUGUCUUUACUCUUAAGAAUUAAUAUGUCUUAAUAAAAUGUUAUGGCUCUGUC